UGUCGGUAUAUAUCUAGCGGCCCUUUUUAAUCAUAAUUUAUAGCACACCGAUAUCCAGAAUCUGCAUACGAGAAAACUGGUUACUGACACUGAUAUCGCCUGCGCUAAUUUGAUAUGCUACGAGUACUUAAAGUCCCCGGCGACGCGCCGCAUCGUUUUUCGCAUUUCUUGAAGUCGCUACGAGUGCACGAUGAAACUGUACAUUAUAUCUUUUACUUUCGCCAUUCUCGCCGGUGUUUAUUCUCUCGACGAUUUAGACGACGCAUCUCUGAAAAUUGAAAAAAACGUGGAAUAUCAAAUUUAUCGGGAUAAUAGCGCGUCUCUCUCAGCGGAAUGCGAGGAACACGAAGAAUACAGCGAGUGUUUCGGAGAUCCGACCUGUCAGAAGACGUGCGAGAAUAUGGAUCAUUGGGAGACGAUGGCCUGUGUUAAAACGAAGGUCUGCAUUCGGGGUUGCAUCUGUAAAGAUGGUUACGUGCGGAAUGAUCGCAUCUGCAUCAAUGAAACCACCUGUCCCCGGAUACGACGUUAAUUCUACAAAGUAGGCAUGAGAGAGAUACGAGAUCGGAUAAGUCGAGGCAAAACACAAGGGAAACGCACAAAGAGAGCGGAUAAAAUGCAUAUUGUAGCAACGGUUUACUUUCAGAUUUUUCGUCAGACUUUUUUAGGCAACAUACUCUUUAAAAAGUCUCUUACUUAUGUAUUCUAUACGACUAUAAUUGGACACGAUUAAAUAUAUAAUAAGAUCGAGUGUGACUCAAUACGAAUAAAUCUUGUGUCGACGUCCCGAAAUAAAAAUGAUUACCGGGAGAAUGCCAUGGUAUAAUUUAAAUUGGAUAAAUUAUGCAUUCCUCAAACGUGUUUGUGCGCGCAUCGACGACGAUGCACCUGCGUACACACGCAUUCCGCGCGAUAAACGUAGCCGCCGUUUAUUACUCGUUUACUCGGGACCUGCAGGACCCGAUGUAAAAAGGAGCGGGUAAGUGCAAGUUUUAUCGUACCGAGCCAUUUAAAUUCCAUUUCAAAUCCGCCGGAGCCUUGAAGCCGCCCGAGGGGUCGCCGUCGCCGCUCUCCGGAUGGAUUCGAAACGUCUGGAUACGCGCCGCGCGUCGUAUCUCUGCGGCGAUAUAUGAUAUUUCGAAAGAGCAAGUCGCGUGCGAUAUUCAAUUCAG